AUGAGUUAUCUACUUCCAUUGAUGCCAUCGAAGUCCUCAUCAUACCGUCUACGCGCCGUUUUUUUUUACAAUCUCGAAGAAACAUCCUGCAACAUGUCCGAGUUACCAUUUACUAGCGAUAAUGAAUCCAUUCAAUCCCCCUCCACCACUUUCUCCACAGCCUAUCAAUCCAUUCAUCCACAUCCUCGUCCACUUCGCCGGAAAAACACAGUGACCCAACUGACGCGAUGGGUUUCAAAGAGGAUCUCACGGUCAUCCCCCACAGACAAUGUUGGGGGGAAUGAGCUUAGCGAGCAGAACCUCAAGGAGCUCAACAAGGCCAUUAACACGGAAGCAGAGAGCCAUGCUCUCGGGGAAACAAACACAGACUCAGACACCGCCUCUUUCGUCAAGGAACGAAAGGCAACGUUUGCAACAAUCAGUGAGAUCGAAGUGGAGCAAAGUCCAAAGUCGCAUCUCGAGAGAGAACGAGAAUUACGCGUACGACGGUCCUAUGCGGCCUUUUGUGAAGACUUUACUCUAUCUGGUUCUCCGGGCCCAAGGCGGAUAUUCCACAUGACCAUGGGAAUGGACGACUGUGCUGAGGAGGAGGAGCAGCAAACGAAAAGCCCUCACACGGAUUCUAUACUCGAAUCCCAGCCAAGCUCUGGUGAGGCACUGCCGCUCGAGCACGAUCAAUUGCGUAACGGAAAGUCGUUCCAACUAUCAACCGAGACGACGGAACACAGAUGUUUGGGGCCCGUUUCACCCCAUGGAGAAAAGACAUCCGAAACAAUGGAUCUUCAACAAACGGCCGCCGAUGACGAGUACAAUAAUUGGAAGUCUCAAAUACCACCUACACAUUAUCCAUACCCCCCUUCUGCGAUCAUGACUCCGGCUGUCUAUGAAGAGAUGCAACGCGCAACUCGAGAAAGGAAGCGCGCCCGAAAACAAAAGCUCCUAGGACCUUUUCGGGAAUUGUUCCUAAAGGUACAGCCUCUGCGAACGCAGGUAUGA